AUGGAACCAAUGAUCUAUGCUUGCAGAUCUAGAGCAGCAUCUGUGACAUCAAAAGCAAAAUCUAACGACAGUUUAGCCUCUCUACCCACUAGCAAAGAAUCAAAAGAAGGAUUUCUUCAGAGCUUAAUUUCAAAAGUCACUUCCAAGAAGGACAAGUUGCCAGACAGUCUCCAUGAUGCAAUUCAAGAAGGCAGGAUCCAAGAUGUCUGCAAAUUGCUUCAAAACUUUAAUCCCAAAUACAUAUUUGAGAAAACAAACUCAAACAGUGAUCCUCCUCUCAUCGCCGCGACACAGUGCGGACACAAAGAUAUAGUGGAGCUUCUCCUGAGGUAUGGAGAUAACGUCAAUCGCCAAAAUGCAAGUGGCGCCACACCUCUCAUGAUAGCCAGCAGAGUUGGAAACCUCUCUAUCAUGCAGACAUUACUGAGAAAUCCAGGCAUAGCUGUGAACCACACAGACUUUCACCACAAAACAGCUCUUCUGUGGUGCAUGCAGGCGUCUGAUGAACACUACACCUUAGAGGCUGUCAAAAUUUUACUUGACAAUGGUGUGAAUCCAAGUUUGGAGGACAAAAGUGGGAACACUGCAUUAACGUUGGCUAAAAAGAAAGGAUUUUUUGCCAUAGUUGAUGUACUCUGCAAGCAUAUGAAUGAACACAAAGUCAACAAUACCAAAGACCACCUUACAUCUUCAGGGGAAUUUGAAAAUUCUCUAAGCUCUAUAACAACCAUUUCCUCACAUUCCUUUGGAGCUUCUUCCUUUGCCUCUUCUCACAUUGACACAGGAGAGGAUAAUACGCUGGCAAAAACCAUCCAAGUUGUGGCUAAGCGGAUAGGGACAGACUGGAAAAUGUUGUUCAGAGACCUCUAUUUACAGCCAGGACAACAAGCGAGGAGCGUCUCUGUGAAGCACAUUGAACACAAGGCCCAGGGACUAUAUGACAUGGCGUAUGAAGCGCUGAUGGAAUGGAGGCAGAGUCAGGGCGAUGGCGCCACUGUACAAGUACUGAGGAACGCACUCUUAGAAUGUGGCAGGAAAGAUAUUGCUGAUAUGAUCAGAGACCAAGAGACCUGA